AGACGACGGACGGGUCCAUGUGAGAGAGAGAGAAAAUGGUCAACCAAGACAAUACAAAGAUCGGUGUUGGCGCGAUUGCUGUCUUCGGUACUGCUCUUGUGGCUUACAUGUUGUACAAACAAUGGAAGAAGAGAAAAGAUGAAGAAUCAAACGGUGAAAAUGGUGGAAACGGAGACACAGUGGGUGGUGAAUAUCCGGUGGUUCGUAAAAGGACAUCCAAUAGGGGACGUAAUGGGAGAUUUGUGUCUGACCCAGGGCGGAUGUUUAGCUCCACAGACAGAGUCAUGCCAGUUCCCUCAGGGGCCACUGACAACACGGAGGGCAUAUUCAAGAGACAUUCAACCGGGGCCCGGCUAUCCCAGAUUCCAAAACCAGCAAACAGCGGUUCAAAAGAAAAUGUGGCAAAAAGACAAGUCAAGAGUUCUGAUAGGGAAAAUGUUGAAUCACCCAAACUCACCGAGCCAGACGUUAUUCCAGCAAUCGAGAAACAAACCCAGAAAGAACCACCUAAACAAGAAGUAAAAGAUGAGCGUUAUGAAGAUGCUAUGGAAAAGAAAAAGAAAAGUAAAAGGAAAGCUGAAGAGCCUCCAGCAGGUGCAGAGUCAGACAUUUCAACACCAGAAUUGUCAUCAUCACCAUCAAAAAGUAAAAAGAUUCCAGUCAAGGUUCCAGCUGCUUCUACCAAAGAACCUGCUCAGCAACCAGCUGCAGCAAAACCUACCGAGACGGAAGCUAGCCAGGGCACAGAACAGUCCUUACCAUCACAAUCUGGCGAGGCUGGAGCCAACGAGGGAGGAGCUGGGGAAGCUAUGGCUGUGCCAGUUGAUCCUCAGUUGGAAGAUCAGUCUGCGAUGAUGACAGGGGAUUCUGAAGGCAGUGAUGUUGGUGCAGGGGAUACCUUAGCAGAGGACUAUCAGUUUGUGAGCAAGGCUGGGAUAACGCUAUCACCAGGUUCGUCAGCUGGUUCUUCUCCUGCCAUGUCCCCACUUAAGAAACAAGACAAUGUUAGUGAAAAAGCUGAAUCCAAACCUACUGAAGCAUCUAGUCAAGCCUCUGAGAAAUCAAAGAGUUCAGAAACAGCCACGGAGACAUCAUCAAAAUCUGUGGAGGGGACCCUGGAUUCUGAGGUGAUCGCCAGAGCCAUUCUACAAGUACAAAAGACACCCAGCACUGUGGACAAGAAGGUCAUCAAGAUUCUGGUGGAUCUCCUCAAAGUCCCUGAGCAGAAGUUGCUGCUAACUGCUUUGGAAUCCAUUGUCAGAUGUGCAGCUUUCUCAGCUAAUCAGAAAACCCUGCGGGAGAACAGGUGCCCUGAAGAAUUGUUGCGACUUCUCCAGGUGCAUAGUAAAGCCCUCGUUGGUGGGACGGCGAUCACUGAGAGCAUUCUCGUGGCCACCAACAACGCGAUCAUGAACCUGUCAAUGGAUGUCGCCAAUCAGGCAAAGUUGGAGGUGUGUAUUCCAAUACUGAUAGACCUGGUGAUGCAUGAAGGCAUGUCGUCCAACGUGAAGCUGUCUUCCCUACAACCACUGACCAACCUGUCCACCACACCCACCUACCACGGCCAGUACACACGUGCAGUACAGCAGUUGUACGAUCUGCUCGACGUCGGCAACAGAGUCGUCCGUAUCCAGGCAAUCAAGCUGCUUGUCAACCUCUCCUGCAACUCCGAGAUGGUCAAACAUCUACUUGCCGCCAAGGCACCAGCAUGUAUGAUGUCCCUCCUGGAAAAGACAGCCGAUCCCAACAUGUCUCUGCGAUUAAUCACGCUACUAGCCAAUGUAGUUUCAACCGCACAGAAAGAAGACGUCACAUCCUCGUCUCUUCCCCCUGAUGACAAAGCAGCAUCCCCAGAAACUAUGUACUCUGCCAUAUUUGGUGUGAACAAUCUCAGUCAGAUCAGAAGCAAGGUGUACCCGCUGACGAGGCACGACUCCGAGGACAUCUCCCAGCAGGCAGCUAGACUGUAUAAAAGUCUCCCCAGCUGUUGAUCAGUGGAAUAACCAGCGUAUCACUAGCAGCACUGUUAGAUAUGGGGCUCUGCUGUUCUGUAUGUCAAUCAAACAAGGUUUCAACAAUUGGUACUUGUUAGUAUUUAGAACAUUUAAUGAUUGAUCAGUUAUAUUAUGGACUGUGGUCAAUUUGAUGAAAGGUAUAAAUAAGCCGAAUUAAAUUACUUUUUAGGAUGGUCCCCUGUACAAGCAGUCUUAAUAUGGCAUCCCUUCCUAUAUGAGGGUGAACAGCUGAUACCUGUCUUGAUUUAGUAAAUGGUGUUGUGCACCAUGUUUACUAAUAUUUCUAGUUUUGAAGAUUAAGAUGAUUUGUGAGUGAAGUGUUCAAUGUUUGUCAUUUGCAAAUGAUUGACAGUACAUUCAGGUCUCUUGUCUUGAGAAGUGUUAUUGAAUAAUUACUACCGUAUAUCUUCAUCUGUAGUGUUUGGCAUCUAGAAUGAAGAGUGAAUGAAAUGGGGUUAUGUGCUGUGUAGAAGAUGAACAUGACAGCAAUGACGUUUGACAGUGCAUCUGUUUCAUCGGAAAUAACUAUUACUAGGACAGUUUUUGUAAUAAAUAUUUUUACAGCGUUGGGGACUUAUGUAUACUCUGCUGAUGAGCUGCAAUCCGGAUCACAUUAUAGAGGGGGUUUGUAAAUCAGGGGGCAUUAUAGGUGGGUCAUAUUACAGGGAUAUACGGUAAUAGUCUAACAUUAGAUGCCCUGUUGAAACCCAUUCUAUAAAAUAACUGUUGAACCAAAUAAAUCAAAUGCUGUAGAAGGGGUGCAUGAAGUUACUUUGCCAGAGAAUGCAGUAGUUUUUCUGAUGUUUAGUCUUGAUAUGUUUUGAAUAGCGUGACUGACUACGAGCAGAUGUAGUGCGCAUGUAUUUGUGAAGUUUGUGUACAAAUGAAGUUUGGAGUGAACAUAUUGAGUGUAUACAUGUGAUAGGCAGUGUACAUAUACUUCUGAGUUUGUGCUUUAGAGCCAUGGGUUUGGCUGUGUGGUUGUGAAUCAUGUACUCAGCUUCUGUGACCCCCAAUGCUGCCGAUACUGUCUCUACCUCAGUUAGGUAGUAGAUCUGUAUGUUUCAAUUAGGGGUGAAUGGAUAUAUUGGUGCAUCGUGAGUUUUCAUGUGACAAUACGAUACACGAUACAUUUUUUUCCUAUAUCGAUACAGGACGAUACACUUGCUGAAAUAAAUAACUUAGAAUUCAUUUAAUGACCCCCUGUCCCCAGCGUUUUUGUGAGUGACGUAUCGCAAAAUGUGUUGUAAUUAUCCCACGCCCAAAAAAGUUGGCGGGGGAUAUAGAAACGGACUCCGUCCGUCCGGCACGUUUCGUUUCCGGAGCAUAACUCAGAAACCGUUCAAUAUUUUUUCAU